CGAGAAACUUCGAAAUACAAAUCGCUGCUAGUGAUUAUGGAGAAGUUUGAAGAGGAGUUAAAAACUUUAAUUGGUUCCGGUGCUGUUGACGGGGAUGUCGCUAUGCUGGACGAUGAUGGAACCACUGUGGACAACGACAGAGCCAUAUACACCAAAAAGCUGUGUGAGAUUCUGAUUGAAGUGCGUGAGGCAACCGAAAUUAAGCUCUCCGCUCAGCUCAUUGACGAAAAGCAAUAUGACUUCAAUGGCAAAGCUGCACUUCAAGAAGCGCCGAUCGAAGUGUUUGCGAAAACUAGGGCAAGGAAUUCAUAUUUUGCAAGCAACGAGUUCAGAUCGCAGAUGAUGGAAUAUGGAGGCAACAAGACGUGGGAACCUUUUGUUGACUCAUUGUCAAUUGGAGAAGAUCAUAUUCUGCUACUGGUGGUAUGCCAGGAAGAUGAGCCGGCGGCUAUGCUAGAUUUUUACUGGAAUAACACAAUUCUGGACGAGCUGCAAAUUUGCGUAGCAGGUGGUUUUCAAAACAUUGGUGUGAUUGUGGUAUCCGCUGAAUCUCAGGAUAUUUAUAAGUACCGAAGGAUGCUCGACCAGAGAUUAAGUGUCAGUUGCCCAUCGGUAAUUUUCAUGUCACGGGUGGCUCAUUAUCCCAACAUCGUCGCAAACUACAUAAAUGAACGACUAGUGACAGAGACAGCCGAAGUUGUGAGGCAGAGAGGUGCAGCGCAGAACCUGGCUACCGGAGAAACUCAGAGCUUUGCAGAUCUAAUGAAUCGCAGUAUCGAUACCUUAGUCGCAAGUUCACCGCACUACCGUGGGAAAAGGAAUGGAAACAAGGAUAGGAACGAAGGCUUGCUCCCUA